UCGAUCACCAGUUGAUUUGCAUCGCUGUUUCAUCGAGGGUUAGGGAAUAUUUCGCAACGCUAAACGUCAGCCAUGCGUCCGACAGCUCAGAUAGUUUUGCUGGUCUGUUUUCUCGGAUGCGUUUAUUCGGAGUCCGUUUCCGGAGGGGGCCUCAACAAUCGGACGGAAGAGAUUGAUCAGAUCGUUGGUGGGACCCAAGCUGCUGCUGGGGAAUUUCCGUAUAUGGCAAUUUUGCGCAUCAACGGCGUUUUCUUUUGCGGUGGGACUUUGAUUGCGCCUUCGUUUAUUUUGACGGCUGCACAUUGUCUAGUAAAUGUACCUGCUUCAUCUACGGGCUCGUUGCAAGUAACUGUAAAUACAUUGGCCGCGAACGGCGGGGCCGGUGCUGAGGUCAGGGCUGUCAGGAAGUUCGUUGUGCAUCCCUCUUACAAUUCCGUAUCAAAGCAAAACGACAUUGCCAUGAUGGCUUUGAAUGCUCCUGUUAACAACGUCACGCCUGUCCCGCUACCGUUUUUCUCAGACGCAGGCACUUCGUAUGAGCGCCAGAAUACGGUUAUUGCCGGAUGGGGUACGACAUCCUCUGGUGGAGGUGUGUCCAGCACGUUGCUCAAAGCAACGGUUAGCGUUCUCGGGAACAGUGUGUGCCGUAGACAGUAUGGAAGGACUUUAUUUGGAUUGUUCGUUUUAUCGAGUGCGUUCUACCCUAGUGAGAUGAUGUGUGCAGCUGCUGCUGGGAAGGACACUUGUCAGGGUGAUAGUGGCGGUCCAUUGCUAUAUGCCGGAUUUCAAGUAGGUAUUACCAGUUUUGGCAGGGGCUGUGCAGAUCCGAAGUACGCUGGCGUAUAUACUCGCGUCACCAAUUAUCUUGGUUGGAUUGCAGACACUCAAAGGAAGAUAUAGAAGUUUAUGGACGUAAUGAGCCGUUCAGACGGAAAUGGAUUUUCGGGUGUAGGGUAGAGGGUUGCAGUUCAUAAAAAAUACAAUUACCAUAACUGAA